CUGACUAUAUUUUGGAUACUGAGCACCAUGCCCUUUCCAUUUUCCGCCCGAGGGGCGCACCAAUCCGUGGAUUUGAUGCGCGCGCGGUGUGGAUUCAACUUCGUGAAUUGCAGGCGAAACGCGGAGCUCUUGUCCCAGGGCUACGAGCCACCGAAGGCGAUUCGCACGGGCACCUCCAUUGUGGGCAUCAUCUGCCAGGACGGCGUUAUACUGGGCGCCGACACCCGCGCCACCGAAGGACCCAUUGUCUCCGACAAGAACUGCUCCAAGAUUCACCAUCUCCAGGAUCACAUAUACUGCUGUGGCGCUGGCACCGCUGCCGACACCGAGAUGAUGACCCUGGUGACCUCCUCCGAGCUGGAUCUGCACCAGCUGAACACCGGCAGGCAGGUGCCGGUGGUCUGUGCCAGCAUGCUGCUCCGCCGGACGCUGUUCCGCUACCAGGGCCACAUCGGGGCCGCCCUGGUGAUGGGCGGCGUGGACAGCACCGGCCCGCAGAUCUAUUGCAUCUAUCCGUGCGGCUCCAAUGACAAGAUCCCCUACGCGGCCAUGGGCUCCGGCACCUUGGCGGCCAUGUCGGUGCUGGAGCACGGCUGGCAUCCCCGCUUGGACCAGGAGCAGGGCAAGCAGCUGGUGCGCGAGGCCAUCUCGGCGGGCGUGUUCAACGACCUGGGCUCCGGCUCCAACAUCGAUCUCUGCGUGAUCACCAGGAAGGGCGCCACGUACCUGAGGACCGACACCAUUGCCAGCGAGAAGGGCGAGCGCUUUGGCAAGUACGGCAUCAAGCCCAACUCCACCUUGGUCACCUCGAUCUCCGUGCUGAGCCUCCAGGUCACCGAUGAGCGCGUCUACGCCGUGGACGACCAGCAGCCGGGCCCCAGUGGCGUCCAGCCGGAUGCCUCGCAGGCGCCCGAGGAACUGGACGCAGCAGCCCAGACCAAAACGCCAUAGGCAUUCCUGCAACUCAUUCAAUUCAGUUCGAGCAAAUUACCCGUUAACCAGCCUCUUGACUUCACAUAAAUGGUAAUGCAUUCGCAAAGCGCCCAGCUUCCGGAUUCCAGAUUCCAGA